AUGGCCUCAGACUCCACGAUGGCGCCACACGUCCUCAGAAACGUUCUCGAUGUCUGCAUCAUUGGGGGCGGUCCAGCGGGUCUAUCUGCGGCCUUAUCCCUUGGGAGGGUUCUUCGAAGUGCCGUCGUAUUCGACUCUGGAGACUGGAAGGCGCACAGCGUCUCCCGCAUCGGCGGAGCUCACGACCAGGAUAAUCCGUCUUUGAUCCGGAAUGGGCUGAAGGCAGAGCUGCAACGAAAGUACAAGACCAUCAUGUUUGCCAAGACAGGAGCCAGGACCGUUCGUGAGGCCGGUCCCGUCUUCGAGGUAGAAGAUGAGAACGGACGAUAUUGGAAAAGCAGAAAGGUGAUUCUGGCGACAGGCACGCGCGACGUGUUGCUAGAUAUCGCGGGAUACAAAGAGUGUUGGGGGAAGGGAAUAUACAACUGCCUGCAUCGUUCCGGAUUUGAAAACUUCGGUGCUGUGAAUGCCGCUGUCCUUCUCACUUCAACCAGCCGUAUCAAGUUAUCCGAUGCGAUCUCAUGUGGUCAACUUGCACGGCAAUUUUCGACAAACAUAUGCCUGUUGACCAAUGGUACCGGAUCCCUGGCUUUUAGCGAUGUGCAAAAGGCCAGCGAAAUCCAUAGUCUCAGAGUGGACGACCGGAAGAUUCGGAGGCUUCAGACCUUGGGCUACAAUAGCGAUGCUUCAAUGGUUGUUGAAUUUGAGGAUGGAACAACGUCGUCGUUUGGCUUUCUUUUUCACAAACCCGAUACAGUUCCCAACGGUAGUUUUGCAGAGCAACUUGGGUUGUGUACUACGCACACGGGAGACGUCUCGAUUUCGGGUUCUACGCAAGAGACAAGUAGAAGAGGCGUGUUUGCGGCUGGUGACUGUGCUACGCAGGUGAAGCACGUGUCUGUCGCUAUGGGUGCUGGUUCCGCUGCAGGGGUUGGAGCAAACGCGCAGAUACUGCAGGAUGACUUCGAGAAAGAUUGGUGA